AUGGCUCCCAAGUUUCAGUACCCUAUCGUCGAUGUUUGGUGCAACCUCCCUGGGUUGGGCGCCGCAAUUCCUGAGGUGGCUCGUCUUUUUGCAUAUAGCCACUCAGACCCUGAAGUUGCUGAUAAGAAGCGCUCUCCCAACGAGCUCAUCGCCCUGAUGGAUGAAGCUGGCGUCUCCCACAUCUGUCUUUCCGCUUGGAGUCGCCCCGGUCAGAUGAUCUUCUCUAAUGAGGAGGUAGCCAAGUAUACACGGGCGUACCCAGACCGUAUUUUUGGCCUUGCUGCUGUCGACUUGCAUAACCCGGUUGAAGCAGUCAAGGAGCUUGAGCAUUACGUUGAAGUCGAGAACUUCGUCGGCUUGAGGGUGGUCCCCUGGCUGUGGGCAUUGCCCCCUACCGAUCCGCACUAUUGGCCGCUCUUUGUCAAAUGCAUUGAGCUUGAUGUGCCGUUUUUAACACAAGUUGGACAUACCGCACCCGCAUGUCCUAGCGAGGUUGGACGUCCGAUCCCGUACAUCGAUACCAUCGCGCUCAAAUUUCCAGACCUCAAGAUCAUCAUGGGUCAUAUAGGAUACCCCUGGGCAGCAGAAACUGUCGCAGUCGCAUGGAAGCACAAGAACGUCUACAUCGACACCAGCGCAUGGUCUCCCAAGUACUAUGCGCCCGAGUUCAUCCACUUUGCCAAUACUACAGGGAGGAGUAAGGUCAUGUUUGGAACCAACUUUCCUCAGCUGGGGCUGAAGCAAUGUGUCGAUAACUUCAAUAGUCAUCUCGUUGGCACCAAGGGCGGAUUUCGAGACCAGUCCGUUAAAGACUUCAUGGGAGGCAACGCGAUCCGUGUUCUGAAGUUGCCUGCUCUAGAACAUCUUGUCGUCGACCAAGACUUAUUGGAGUUUCUUAUCGACGGCGAUGAUACCUUUUAG